CCGCCCUACUCCUACUCGGCGCUCAUCGCCAUGGCCAUCCAGAGCGCGCCCGACGGGCGCCGCACGCUCAGCCAGAUCUACCGCUACGUGGCCGACAACUUCCCCUUCUACGAGCGCAGCCGCGCGGGCUGGCAGAACUCCAUCCGCCACAACCUCUCGCUCAACGACUGCUUCAAGAAGGUGCCCCGCGACGAGGACGACCCAGGCAAAGGCAGCUACUGGACCCUGGACCCCAACUGCGGGAAAAUGUUCGACAACGGCAACUUCAGGAGGAAGAGGAGGCGGCGGCCCGAGGCCGCUGCGGCCGACGAGGGGGUCGGGACGCUGCGGGGUCCCCCCGACGUGUGA